AUGUUUGUCCUUCCCGUGUCCUUGAUAAUUGCUGUUAGCGCAACCUCAGUACUUGCUUGCAAUGAUUGUUAUGGCUCGUCCAACGAUGUGGUGCUCACUCGGCGCGUUAAACGUAUGCAGCCGGAUGCAUUGGGCGCUACGACCGGUCCGAAAGGGCCUCUAGAAUGGGGGCAGAUCAACUUUUUACACACUACAGAUACUCAUGGUUGGCUUGAAGGCCAUCUCAAGGAAAGGAAUUACGGUGCAGACUGGGGUGACUUUGCCUCGUUCACAAAAUCAAUGAAAUCCAAGGCCAGGCAUCUUGGUGUUGACUUAUUGUUGAUCGACACUGGCGAUUUGCAUGAUGGAGCUGGCUUGAGCGACGCCACAGAUCCUAAUGGACUAAUCUCAAAUCCGAUCUGGGAAAAUAUUGAUUAUGAUCUGCUUACUAUCGGGAAUCACGAACUAUACGUCUCUGAAAUUGCGUUCGAGCAUUUCAACCAAUUUUCAAAGGUAUAUGGUGAUCGAUACGUGAACAGUAACGUCAAGAUCUUGAAUCAGACCUCUGGGAAAUAUGAAACACCAGGUGUCCAGUACCGCUACUUCACCACAGAGCGAGGCUUGCGGAUCAUGGCCUUUGGGGUGCUCUUCGAUUUCACGGGCAACUCAAACGCGUCUCAAAUUACGAAAGCGGCCGCAAUGGUGAAAGAGCAAUGGUUUAUCGAUGCUGUGAACUACAAAGAUCCAAUUGACAUGUUUAUUGUCAUUGGCCAUAACCCUGUACGCACCAAUGCGAGCACAAGCACAUUAGGCACGGUGUAUCAAGCUAUUCGAGCUGGGAAGCCCGACACGCCUGUCCAAUUCUUUGGGGGUCAUACGCAUAUCCGGGACUUCUUCGUCUACGAUAACAAAGCCACGGGCAUCGAGUCAGGACGAUACUGUGAGACUCUUGGUUGGGUUGCCAUUGAUGGUCUUGACGUCGAUUGCUACAAAAAGCCACUUCCGUCAGGUUUACCCACUCCUACCCAGAGUGCUGUUGUGGUGGCAACCGGGAAAGCCGCAGCAAAUUUGUCAUUGUCUACGAGUCCAUCAAGUCUGAAGUAUGCACGCCGCUACCUUGACUGGAACCGCUUGACAUUUGCAUUUCAUGCCACUGGGUCUCAAGAUGGCACGUUCGACACUCAAAAUGGCAAAGCGGUAACUGCGACCAUUUCUGGAGCUCGAAAUCAACUCAAUUUGACAGAACUUUACGGCUGUGCUCCACAGACAUACUGCAUGUAUUGUAAGCCGUUUGGUGAUCCCGGCAAUAUUUAUACUCUUAUUCCAACCGCACUGGCUGCAACAGUGGUCAACCAAACCCGAAAGGAUACUCCGCGCUUCAUCAUCAUCAACACUGGCAGUAUCAGAUUCGACCUCGUCCAAGGUCCUUUCACGAAGGACGAUAGCUUCAUUGUAAGCCCUUUUACCGAUGCAUUCCAGUAUAUCCAAGAUGUGCCAUACAGUCAAGCAAGCAAAGUGCUUGGAAUUCUGAAUGCUGGUCCAUUCCAAAAGCGUGAUCUUGUAACCUCGAAUUUUGGCUUCGACAGCAUGCGGACGCUGGGUGUUGAGUCCCAGUGUAUCGACCCCCCAAUCACACACGAUCAUAUUGGGAAGCGAAGUUACCCGGGAGGUAGUCUUAUUCGCAGACAAACUAGCGAAACGCCAGGCUACACCACCACUGAUGACUUUGGGACGAACGGCGACGAUACUCCCCACAGCAAAAUCCCAACAUACACGAUGCCGAACGAUAUUCAAGCAAAUGCCUCGAUGCCAACCGAUGGCAGUACCCCUGAGACAGUUGACUUGAUAUUCCUGGACUUCAUUGCCAGCUACGUCUUAAAUGCUCUUAAUAGCGUCGGCGGUAGCUUUACAAAAUCAGAUAUUGGUUAUUAUAUGGAUCCCAGUUUUACCACAAAUUCGUACUUGCAGGAGUACGCGAAGACAGCUUGGCAGCAGAAUAUGCCUAAUUGUCCUGUUGGUCAAGGGGUUGGAUCAUAG